AUGUCGACGAACGCCACAAGCCAGAGCCCGCCCCCCCGAGAGGAAGUUCACGUCAACGAGGAAGUGGAGAUAGCAGUUAACUUCUGUCUGGAGAGGUUUCAGUUCAGUGAAGAGAGAGAGGUGGACCUUCCCUCCUGCUUCUCUGGUGCUGAGAGGGCUUAUAUUCAUCGAGUGGCCCAGUCCCUUGGUUUCCUCUCUAAGAGCAAAGGGAAAGGACUCCGUUGCUUCAUCACCCUCUGGAAGAAGGAUGGAUCAGAUAAAUCUCCUUCUGUCAUGCCGCUCAUUAUCUCCCAGAAGUCCCUAUGUGCCAUCAACUCUCUGCUUCAGAAAUUCCCCAUCAGCCACAAGGGCCGCACAGAUGUGCAGCACACUGACAGAAGUGGCAUGUGCCGGCCGGCUCAGCGCUACAACAGCGGUGACAGAUACAAGCCUCUUGGAUGCUUAGACAACAGCGCCCCCUUUGUGCCUCCAAGGAGGAAUCCUUCUGAGCUGGACCGUUUCCGACGUUCCCUACCGAUUUAUGAAUCCCAGGAAGACAUCGUCCAGCUCGUCAGAGCAAACAGGGUGGUGCUAGUGGUGGGAGAGACUGGCUCCGGAAAAACUACACAAAUCCCGCAGAUGCUGCUGGAUGAUUGCAGCUUGAACAUGGAGCCCUGCAGGAUCCUCUGCACUCAGCCAAGGUGGCUGGCCGUCCUGGUUGUGGCUGAACGAGUGGCGAAGGAGAGAGGGGAGAGUGUGGGCCAGACCGUGGGUUAUCAUAUCAGACUGGAGUGCAGACACUGUCCGAUGACGCUUCUGACCUUCUGCACCAAUGAAGUGCUUCUCAAAACAUUGAUGGCUGGAGAAGACUGCCUCAAAAAUGUGACACACGUCAUUGUGGACGAAGUGAAUGAGCGUGAUGGUCUGACUGACGUCCUGCUCACCAAGAUGCAGAGUGUGCUUCAGAACAUCCCAACACUGAAACUGAUCCUGUCCACUGCAGCUCUGGAUGUCGACCUGUUCUCCCAGUACUUUGGCUGCUGCCCUGUUAUCCACCUCAAAGGACGACAGUUGGAAGUGCAGGAACUUUUCCUGGAAGACGUUCUGAAGCUGACGGGCUUCAGGAAAAACAAGCUUGAGACACAGAGAAAGGAGAAUCAGCAGACAUGUUUGACCAAGUGGUGUAAGUUGGUGGAGACCAGGAAGAAACCGAGGAGCCUUGAGUCUUUCCCAGGCUUCGUUCAGGACCACAGAACCCUGGACAGAGAGGACGCCCCCGCCACCAAGCCGAGACAGAAAGACUGUGACCAGCUGGAGCCAGGCCUGGUGAAGCAGAUGGACUCCUGCCUCUUCAACAUUUUCUACAGUCAAGACCAGGACUCUUUCAGUCAGCUCUACAACCUCAUCCUCUCCGAAAAUGUAAACGUGGACUACAGGCACAGUGAGUUGGGGGCCACGGCUCUGAUGAUGGCAUCAAGUCGAGGAUUCAUGAAGCAGAUGGAGCAGCUGCUCAUCAUGGGAGCUGACAUCAACGUGAAGGCGUCUAAUGGAUGGACAGCCUUAGACUUCGCCCAACAGUUUGAACACACAGAUGCUGUGGAUCUUCUCAAAUGCUCCAUUCCUUUGAGGGAGGAGAGCUCCCUGGAGGAGUCCACUGGGGGGCAGUGUGUCACUGCAGAGACGAGCGCUGAAGAGCACGAGCUGCUUCGACUGUACCAGCAGAGCUGUGGGGACGAGUGGGUGGACCUGGACCUGAUCGUGGAUCUGCUGCACUACAUCUGCUCCACCACCUGUGACGGUGAUGUCCUGAUUUUUCUUCCGGGACACGAUGAGAUAGUUGGUCUCUGCUACCGCAUCCUGCACGACGAUAAGAGAUUCUCCACCCACUCUGAGAAGUUCCAGAUCUUCACUCCACAUUCAGAAGUUCAGACUCUGGAGCACAGGAAACUGUUGAGUGCCUCUCUGCCCGGUGUCAGAAAGAUGAUCCUCUCCACUCAUGAUGCUGAGACGAGCGUCAACGAUGUGGUGUUUGUCAUCGACACGGGGUUGGUCAAAGAGAAGUGCUUUGACAGCGUCAGUCGUUUGUCCACUUUAAAGACGGUUUGGAUUUCCAAAGCCAGCGCUCUGCAAAGGAAGGGAAGAGCUGGAUGCAGCCGACCAGGCACCUGCUUCCACCUCUUCAGUCGCAUCCGGUUCAACAACAUGCUGAGUUUCCAGGUUCCACAGCUGCUGCAGAUGCCUCUGCAGGAACUGUGUCUGCAGACCAAGCUGCUCGCUCCCUCCUGUCCAGUGGCGGAUUUCUUGUCCAGAGCUCCACAGCCUCCGCCUGCACAUGUCAUCACAGAGGCUGUGAGCAUGCUUGAGGUGACAGGUGCUAUGGACCAGAAUGAAGACCUGACUGAUUUGGGCUACCACUUGGCCGAGCUGACCAUAGAGCCCCACCUGGGCAAGAUGGUGCUGAGUGCCUUGGUGCUCAAGUGUCUGGACCCCAUUCUAACCAUUGCCUGUAUGCUGGCUUAUAGUGACCCCUUCGUCCUUCCUGCGCAGGGCUCUCAGAAAAGAGCUGCUCUGAUCGCCCGCAGACAUUUUUCCUCGUGUAGCGUGAGCGACCACAUGGCCCUGCUCACGGCCUUCCAGGCUUGGCAGAGGGCUUGCUCUAACGGCAGUGAGAGAUCCUUCUGUAAGAAACACUUCCUGUCCCACUCGACCAUGGAGAAGAUACAUGGCAUAAGGAUACAGCUGCUCGCACAGCUCCGUGCUAUGGGUUUUGUGCAGGCCCAUGGAAGCAGUGACAUUGUUGAAUUGAAUCAUAACUCAGAGAACUGGGCGGUGGUGAAGGCAGCGCUGGUGGCCGGCAUGUAUCCAAACGUGAUCCACAUCGAGCAGGAGACCUCGUUGAUCUGCAGUAACAAGAAACAGAUCCACUUCCAUCCCUCCUCCGUCCUGAACCAGUUCAAGGAGAGAACCUCAUCCAAAUGGGGCGAGGCUCUUCCCACCGAGUGGUUAAUCUGUGAUGAGAUCCGUCGAGGACAGAAGGUGGCCAGUGUCCGCUGCUGCUCCCUGGUGACGUCCAUCACCGUGGCCCUUUUUGGAGGUUGUGCCUCUUUCCCCCUGGAGGAGCACACUGUGCCGGGAGCCGCUGACCGUCCACAGGAUGACAGUGACAGCGGGUCAGAGGACGUGGCUGAGCUCAAGGUGGACGACUGGCUCGCCUUCCAGUGCGAGUCAGAGGGAGCCAGGAUGGUCCUUAAACUGAGGGAGAUGUGGCAAAAUCUUUUCACUUGGAGGACCAGCUUCCCUUCAAAGCCCUACAACCAGAAGGAGCAGACCAUCCUGAAGACCCUGAUUUCUGUGCUCACGGAGGAAGAGCAGAGGGCGGGCCUGCAGCAGCCUUCAGGGAUUGGCCAGCGGCCCCGGACCACUAAACCAGGGGAGUGGCUCCAGGCCUCAGCGAAGACCUCCAAGUACAGCCCCCAGCAAGCCACCAGCACCGGCCGUGACUAG